AUGGCUUCAAAAAAAUUGACCUUGAAAUCAUCGGAUGGUGAUGAAUUUGAGAUUGAAGAAUCGAUUGCGGUUCAAUCUGGAACGAUAAAAUAUAUUAUCGAGGACGGUUAUACCCUCGUCCCAUUGCCUAACGUGAAUACUCAAAACCUAAUUUUAAUUAUCGAGUACAUGAAGAAGCAUGGAGAGAAGACGGAUUCAAACGAAGAAGAAAUUAAGGAAUUUGAUAAGCAACUUUUGAAGGGUAAGAGCUAUCAAAACAUGUUUGAACUUGUAACUGCGGUAAAAUAUCUUGAUAUUAGCGAUUUGAAUGAUUUGUUGUGCCAGACGAUAGCCGAUAGAAUUAAGAACAAGUCUUUAAAUGCUAUGCGUCAGAUAUUGGGUGUGGUGAGUGAUUAUACGCCGGAGGAAGAAAAAAUGCAUCGUCAAGAAUAUAAUUGGGCUUAUGAAGGAGAAGACAUUGAUGAAUCUCUUGAUUAG